AUGUUCGGAGGUUUCGGACAGAAUAACCAGCAAAGCUCCGGCUUCGGGGCAGGCUCUGGCUUCGGUGGCACGAGUACUGGUGGAGGCUUUGGAUCGACAUCGUCCCCCUUUGGUGGCGGUAAUACAUCCGGUGGUGGCUUGUUUGGAAACACCUCCAGUAGCUUUGGUUCCGGUGGAGGAUUCGGAACCGGCACACAGAACCAAUCGACGUCUCUAUUUGGAGGACAAAAUCGCACGAGCGGGUUCGGUACUGGAACUUCGACCGGAGGUGGUCUUUUCGGAAGUGGGACUGCCACUGCUGGUGGUAGCGGAUUUGGCGGCUUCGGAUCGUCCUCCAACACUGGCGGAGGUUUCGGCAGCACUGGUACUGGCACUGGCGCUGCCGCUAGCACUGGAGGUGGCCUGUUCGGCAAUAAAACCGGGGGGUUUGGCAGCUCAACUGGUACCGGUGGUGCAUUCGGUACAAGCGGUGGCACUGGUGGCUUCGGCAGCACCCCAUCGGGCUUCGGUAGUGGAACAGGUACUGCAUUCCAGCAGGCCAUUCCUCCCUCCGAUGGCACUGGAAGCACGCCGUUUAGUCCCUUCACUGAGAAGGACGGCAACACCACCGGGAUGAAUCACUAUCAAAGUAUCACCUUUAUGGCGCCGUACAGCAAGUAUUCCUUUGAAGAGCUUCGCCUAGCUGAUUACAACCAAGGCCGUAGGUUCGGCAAUGGUAGUGGCCAAGCCGGUGCCUUUGGCACAUCGGCCUUUGGAGGAUCCGGCUUUGGACAACAGUCGACCGGCGGCUUUGGAAGCACUUCCACACCAUUCGGAGGAGGGACCAGUGCUCCUUCGACCUUUGGACAGACUCAGACGGCGGGUGGAUUCGGAUCUAGCACCAACUCCAACCCCUUGUUCGGAGCAGCAAAGCCGGCCACUUCAUUAUUUGGGGGCGGAACUGGUGCUACUGGUACUUCUCAGCCGGGCCUCUUUGGUGGAAACACAGCUACUACUACUACGGGUGGUUUUGGAAGCGGUACAGGAACCACCGGCUUUGGUGGAACCGGCGGAUCGCUGUUUGGUGGCGGCGCGAAUAACGCUACCCAACAACAGAAGCCUCUAUUCGGAAACAGUGGUUCCACCGGCACAGGUUUUGGCGGCGCCUUUGGCGCGCAAAACACAAGCACCGCCUCUCCUUUUGGCGGUACUGCUGCGACUUCCUCUCCCUUUGGCGGCCAACAACAGCAGCAAACCGGCACCGGCUUGUUCGGAGGUGGACUCGGCCAGCAGAACCAAGCCCAGAAUCAGCAGCAGACUCAGAACAAAGGAUUGUUUGGCGGGUUCGGCUCAAACACGCAGCAGCAGUCCAGCACCCCGAGUCUAUUCGGCAAUACUGGGGCUGGCACCGGCACCGGCACGACUGGCUCUUCUCUUUUUGGCCAGAACACUCAGCAACCACAGCAGCAGUCGACUGGUGGAUCGCUCUUUGGAAACAACCAGCAAACCGGCACAAGCUCCCUUUUCGGCGGAGGCCAGCAGCAGGGCCAAAAGAGCCUGUUCGGCGGCAGCACGCCUGCCACCGGCACCGGCACCGGCACCAGCGCAUUCGGCGGCUUCGGUAAUACUCAGAACCAGCAGACGGGUGGUGGUGGCCUGUUCGGAGGCGCUCAAAACCAGCAACAGCAGAAGCCGAGUCUGUUUGGCGGUGGCACUGGGACCGGUGGUUCUCUCUUUGGAGGACAGAGCACUACAACUCCAAGCACCGGCGGUUCACUUUUCGGUAACACGCAGAGUCAGCCUCAGCAGACUGGGGGCCUUGGUACUUCCAGUCUUUUUGGCGGAAGCCAGCAAGCGCAGCCCCAGCAAGCUCAGCAGUCCCAGCCGGCCCCUGGUAGCUUGCAGGCCUCACUUCUGGACGGCAACCCCUAUGGUAACCAGUCGAUCUUCUCCGGCUUGCCAGCUCCCAGCGCCUCCAGCCCCGGCCCCUUGGCGACGCCGCUUUCGUCUGCCGCCAAGCAGAAGCAGCGGACUCCUCUCCCUGUCUAUAAGAUCACCCCCAAUGCUGCUAAUCGCCUUCUUACACCCCCCAAACGACAGGGAUACGGGUUCUCUUACUCUACCUAUGGCUCACCUUCGAGCUCUACUGGUACUCCUAACGGACUUGGUGGCAGCGUGCUGGGUGGAAGCCUACGUGGCAGUGUCAAUGGAAGUCUUGGGCGUACCAGCUUCAGCAAGAGUUUGUCCACCAGCAAUCUGCGCAAGACGUUCGACCCUGAUACCGACAGCGUCUUGUCCCCCGGCGCACUUACCUCUGGCAGCUCCCGUCUGUCAAGCGGCAGCUUGAAGCGUCUUACCAUCGAUCGCAGCUUGAGGAAUGACCUCUUUGCUCGCCCAGCUAGUACCCCAGCUGCCCCGAUCACCAUCGGCGAAGACGCAGCACAGCCAGCCGACAAGAUGAAGAAGAAGGUCAGCUUUGAUUCGUCGUCGGAUACGCCAGCCACUGGAGGAGAAAUCGUUCCGGUGCAGUCUCAAAGCCCCGAGCCGACUCCGGAGGAAUUGGGAUUCCUGCGCUCCAUCCGCAAGAGCAACACCGUCAAUGGCCUCAAUGGUAUUAAGCCUACCGAGACCUCUGCUCGUCCUGAGAUGGAGUCUGUUCGUGGUAAUGAACUUGCCGUUGUCCCCGAGAAUGCGGCCACGGCUUCAACUACUCCUGAGGGCCCCUCUCGUCUGCCUUUCGUUCCUGGUGGGGACCCGCAGCCGGGCGAGUACUGGAUGAGGCCCACCCGCGCGGAGAUCAGCAAGCUGAGCCGAGAACAGCAGAAGAAGUUUGUUGGCUUUACCGUUGGUCGUCAAAGGUGCGGUCAGGUGACGUUCGAUGAGCCCGUUGAUCUGACCACUGUGGACUUGGACCGCAUUUUCGGCGACCUGGUAGACAUCGGUGUGCGCAAGAUCACCGUCUAUCCGGAUGAAACCAUCAAGCCUCCCAGGGGCAAGGGCCUGAACGUUCCCUCCACCCUUCGCAUCGAAAACUCUUGGCCUCGGGGUCGCGACAAGAAGUCACCUUCCCCUCUCACCAGCGGCCCUCUAUUUGAUAAGCACGUCGACCGCUUGAUAAAGGUGCACAACACCGAGUUCGUGGACUACGAAAAGGAGACCGGCACAUGGGUGUUCCGGGUGCCCCAUUACACCACCUAUGGUCUUGAUUAUGAUAGCGACGAGGAAGAAGAAGGUGAGAGCCUCAACCAAAGCACUUUUAGUGCUGCUCCUGACACUCCGACUCCGAAGGCUCAAACCCCCGCCAACCCCGAUACGACCAUGGGCUCGGAGAUGAUGUCUGCCUUCUCCACUGAUGACUCCUUUGUGGGUUCCAUGGCCGGCGUCGACGAUGAUACCUUUGAUUUCAAAAAGCGUAAGAUUGUUCCGGGUGCGUUUGGCAACCAAAUGAUGGAGACGGUUGAGGACGAGCGCUCGGUUUCUGGAGACGACGAGGAGUCUUUUUUAGGGGAAGGCUCCACGGGUUCGACUAUUGAGCAAGACGGCGAUGAUAUCACCGAAAGCCAACAUUCUGGCGAGUCACUAGUCGAAUUGGAUGAGGGCGAGGAAAUGGACAUGGCGGGCACCUUUCCAGACCUCCAUCCUACCGUGGAGCGCGACGACACCCAAAGUACCGAUACCUUUAUGGAGACCACCCAGCCUAUACUGAAGCCUUGGAACACGCCUUCGAAGCCUCGUCUCGAUCUGACUGGGGACUGGGCCGAGCAUUUGCAACGCACCAUAAGUCCCCGGAAGCAAGACCGCGAUGCACUUCGUGAGAUCCAAGCCAAUGCCUUCACCGAUCGGUCCCUCCGUGAGGACACCCCCAAGCCAUCUGCCGCCGAUACCAGGCAAAAGGGCUUCGCCACCAGCAUCGAUUUGAUGAAUUCUUUGUUUCAGCAACCGCGCAAACAACAGGCCGCAUCUCCUUUGAAGGCACAAAGCGUGCGGCCCAAUGGUCUCGAGUGGCCUUAUAACAAGAAGCCCAAGACAUUUGCUGGCGAAUCCCACGAGCUAAGCGAAGACGACCUUGCGUUCCAUCACUCAUUCAAGCCGCGCUGGGGCACGCUGAACUCUCUUCUUUGCGUCAAGAAUGAUAUGGCGGACGUGCAGGCGGGGGAUAGCGCUUGGAGGCACAAGCUCUCUUUGACUAGCGAAGGAAGAGAUGUGGCUCUCUUGGAGUUCAACACGCCCGUGGAACCGAGUGAGAUGCUGGAUGCCCAGAGGAAGCUGACUGCUGUUUCACACCGCCUGACCCGUCUGUGGGAGGGUAUCGUACGUGAAAAGCAUGCACAGGCUGUGGCUAAGGCCAGCUCGGCUGAAGAGCGUGCCUUUUACUUGUUAUGCUCGCAUCGGGUCGAGGAGGCUUGCAAGGUCCUGGUUGCCAGUCAGAAUUUCCAUCUCGCGACACUAGUUGCUCAGAUCGCACGCGAUCCCACGACGCGCACUGAUAUGGCAAAACAGAUUGAAAUGUGGCGCCAGAACAAUGUUUAUUCUGAAAUGAGCGAGCCCGUCAGAGCUUUGUACGAACUUCUGGCCGGCAACGCCCUUCGCAGCGAAGGUAAAUCCACUGGUGCGCUGGAGGAUCGUCUUUCUACUUUCACAUUCUCUGAGCGAUUUGAGCUGGAUUGGUUCCAGGCUUUCGGCCUUCGUCUUUGGUAUGGUAUUACCGACGAUGAGCCCAUCGAAGCCGCCGUCUGCCAGUUCGUGGAUGACCUCUACGAAGGGAAUGAGCCGGCCCUUCCGACGCCUCUUAAUCAGGAAGACAUCGUUGAUCGCGAAUCUCCUCUGUGGGUCUUGCUGAAAGUGUAUGCCACGACAACUGGUGGAGCUUCUCGGACGGCCAAUCUCCAUCCGCAGGAGUUCCCGGCCGUUCUCCUGCCUGAGUCGGUCAGCGGGGAUAAGCAGUCAAGCCGGCUGUCCUUCCAGCUUUGUCAACUUCUUGCAGCAGCCAUUGGGCGACACGAAAGCUUCCAAGUCAACACAGCCCAGAUGGACCAGCUCGUGUGGGACUAUGCUUGGGAGCUUUGCUGCAGUGGGACUUUGAACCGAGCAUUGUUCGUCCUCCUCCACCUUUCUCACGCAUCGGAUCGCGAGCGUGCUGUGAAGGAGACUCUUGCCCGAUUUGCGCCCCAACUGCCGGAGCCGGUCACCUCGGACGGCCAAACCAAUGUGAUGUGGCACUAUCUCACGCAGGAUCUUCAGCUGCCUGAGAGCUGGAUCUGGGUCUCGAAGGCGCUUUAUGCUCGCGACACGGGUGAUGCGGCACGCGAAGUGGAUUAUCUUGUCCGUGGCAAGAACUGGAACGAUGCACACGCUACGUUCUGUCGUGUUGUGGCGCCAACAGCCGUGAUUGAGGGUGACUAUGGCACGCUAGAGAUGCUGGUGUCGGGCUUUGGCGAGGAGCCUGAGCGCAAGGUGCGCGGCUGGGCCAAUGGUGGUGGCAUUUACGACGACUUCCUGCGCCUGGCUACGGCCAGGAGCGGCAAGCGCGAUGCUACCCGGCUUGCCCGGUUAGUCAGUGCCUUGGUGAAGAUGGGCGAGAAGGUCAGUCAGGGAUCGGGUGUGGAAGGAUUAGAGGAGCGUGUAGCCUUCCGGGAAAUGAGUCGCGUGGUUGCCACCUGGACUGGGCACGAGGACUCAAAGGCAAUCGAGCUGUCCAGCGUGCUUAGUCUGCCUUUGACGGGCGAUGCACGCCUUGCACAGACGGCGGAAAUGAGUCGGCGGUACUACACCACUCACCAAGGCAGCACGAGUGUAUUGUUUGGUUGGUUGGUUGGUAUGGAGGAGAGAGGUGCUGACUCCUGUUUGGUUUUGAUUCGCAUUCUUGUCUAA